AUGCAACAAGAAUAUUCUGAAUCAUUUUCAAAAGAAGUAUAUGUGCUGUCGGCUAUUAAUGAUAAUACCGAAGGACAAUUAGAACGGCUAUUGCAUCAAGAACGUGAAGAGCAUUCGGACGAUCGCAUUCUAUUAAUUCCAUAUUUUUUUGAAAACUCACGUUGGAUUGGGGUUUUAAUCGAAUUCCAAGAAACUAAUCGAAUUUUACGGGCUGAGUAUAUUGAUCCUGUAAAUGAAACAAAUAUUGUUCCAGAUAAAUUACAAUACCAAUUUGCUGAUGUAUAUCCAUCUGUUACUCUUCAAUCAAGAGAUGUAGUAAAGAACAAUGAUCCAGCACAUAGUUCUGCAUUGAUCAUUAAAUAUUUAUUGGAUGCGCUUGAAAUAGAAAAAAAAUCAAAUUUUAUUGUUCAACAAACAUAUUCAAAAGACCAUUUGACUUCAAGUACAACUGAUUCUCAACAUUCAAAUGAAGGUAAAGCUCAUAUGCUUCGUGAAUUGCAACAACUAUUGGAGUAUGAACAAAAUAGGUUAGGAGUAAAAAAUUUAGAUAUAUUACCCCAAAAAAUACAGAAGACAACAGAACGAAUCAGAGACUAUGAAGAAGAGGAAAGAAUGGAUGAUGCUAAAAAAGAAAUGUUUUAUCUGAUAGAACUCCGAAAAUUGCAAAGUCUUGUAGAUGAAGUAACUAGAUCGGAGCAUAUACCUUCUGUGUCACAGAAUAAUAGCCAGUUAGAGCUUCACCACAUGGAAGAAGAUUUACAGAAUAGCGUAGCUAAAUUGAAAAUAAAAGAUAUUCUAACAUUACCACAAAGGAUAUCGAAAACAGAAGAGAGAAUUAAGGAUUAUGAAGAAGAAGAAAGAAUUGACGAUGCAGAAAAAGAGAGAGUCCUUCUGAAAGAACUUCAACGGCUGGAAAAUUUAAAAAAAAAGAUUGAUCAAAUGAAAGAAUCACCAAAUCCUCAAGAUAAUCUUCAAUCAAAAAUAAAAAAGUUGGAAGAAGAAUUUCGUAGAGGCUUAGAAAAAAUCAAAGUUAAAGAUAUUCAAAUGUUAUUACAGAAAAUAUUGAAAACAGAAGAUAGAAUUAAGGAUUAUGAAGAAGAAGAAAGAAUUGACGAUGCAGAGAAAGAGAGAGUUUUUCUGAAAGAAUACCAUCGACUACAAAAUCUAUGGAAUGAAAUCGAUAGAUUAACUAAAGAAUUGUCUGUUGAUCCUGAUGGUACUCAAAUGAAAUUGCAAAAGAUGACGGACAAGUUAAACAAUGGUCUAAAAACACUCAAAAUAAAGGAUGUUAAAUUGUUGCCACAGAAAAUAAUGAAAACUAAAGAAAGAAUUGAAGAUUUCAAAGAGGACCAGAGAAUGGAUGACAUUGAGAAAGAAACGAUUAUUUUAACAGAACUUCAAAGAUUACAAAAUCUAGCAGAUCAAAUAGCAGAAUAUUCUUUAUCUUCACAUUUAGAGUCAAAAUCGAUUCCGUCUGAAUCAGAUAUAGUGGACUCAAAUGUAGAUGAUUCGAUGAAUUUCGCUAACGAACAGAAACAACUUUUGCAUAUUGAUGAACUGCUUGCCGAGAUCGUUUCUAUGCCAGAUUGUGCCAGAAAAACUGUUUUUGAGCUUCUUAUUUACUUUGGAAGAAUAGUAUUAAAAGAGGAUACAAAUCCAAAUAAUCAAGAUUUAAUAAGUUCGUCAUUUGAAAAAUUAAAAUAUCAACUUAAGAGAGAAGAACAAGUUUCAGACGAUGUCGAAACUAUUGUUCACAAUUUGACAAAAUUUAUCACAAGUGAUCAGUAUCAAGUCAUAAUACAUGAUUUACACGUAUUGUUGAAAGCGCUUAGAUUAGUGAAUGUAUCUGAAAUACAACGACUUAUAGGCAAAGCUAAGGAAGCCGCUGAACUAAUUAAGAAUAAAGACAUAGUCCUUCUGAUAGGACCAACAGGUUCUGGUAAAUCUACUACGAUUCAAUUUCUAUCAGGUGCUAAAAUGCAACAUGUUAAAGUAGAAACUACGCCUGGAAAAUAUCUUGAUCAUGUUGCAAUGAUUGGACCAAUUGAUAAUCCAGAUUUAAAGUAUGUGACUACUACUCCAUUACAAAGAUCUGAGACGCGCUAUAUUGCAACUGUUACUAUUCAGUUAAAAGAUAUUUUAGGUCCUCAUGUAACUGAUACGAUUGUUCUAUGUGAUGCACCAGGAUUCGAAGAUACUUCAGGUCCCGAAGUUGACAUUGCUAAUAGUAUUGGAGUUAUUGACGCUUUGAAAAGAACAAAUAGCGUCAAAUUAUUAGUUCUGUCAAGCUAUCUCACUCUCGGUGAUAAAGGUCAAGGUAUUCAGAAACUAGCCCAUAUUUUAGUAAAUAUGAUACGUGGAAUAGAAGACAGACUUAAUUCUAUAGUCUAUGCUUUCACAAAAUAUCCAGAUACCAAAGAUAUAAAUAGUUUGCUAGUAGAAAUCAAACGAGCACACGUAGAUAACGAUGUUACUUUGAGCUCAGAUUCUGCAUUUGUUAGUGUAUUGACUGAUAUGAUUGAUAAAACCGAAGAUAAUACCUUUAAAAUUGAACCAACUAAAGACCAACCACACAAAUUAUUACGAACACUGAAGAAAAUAACUCAGGGUAUUAAAAAUCCUGGAGAAAUUUUUUCUCUUUCAAUGAGUGAAAAAACUCGAUCUAUUAUUAAUGAUCAUAUUCAAAAAGAUAGAUUCAGUAUUAUUUGUGCUAUGAAACAUAAAGAUAUUGAUCUUGUUCUAUUUUAUUUAAAUGAUUUAGAGAUUCUAAAAGAUUUAAUAAACCAAGGUUUUGUUCGAAUAGUUUAUGUAGAAUCUAUUGGUUUUGUAAGUGACAAUAUUAGUAAUUAUUGUUCAGAAAUUAAAGAAAAAUUUAAUCGUGCAUUAAUUAGUCAAGAUGGACUACAGAAAAAAGAUAUAUCUGAUUAUCAAAAAUGUAUUGAAUAUCUAACUAAUGCUCAAAUGCUAAGAAAGCAUUUAGAUUCAACAUUAUUAUCACCAGCAUCAAUGUUACAAAAUAUUAUUAUCGAACUAAAUAAAUUAAGUAUUAGUUUACAAGAGGAAGAAUUAAAUAGUCCUUUAAUUGCAGUCUAUUUACAAAAUUUUUUCGAAUUGAAAAAUACAUUUUCAGAAUUAGAAGAUAGCUAUAAUGAUACUUGUCAAGACUUUCAAAAUCGUCUUCAUCAAUUAAUAAAAACAGCACGUGAGUUUAUUUUAACUAAUGAUUUUCCAAAAAUAGCUAAAAUUAUUUUGGCAAUUUAUCAAUCUGUAUGUGUUUUGAAAAACUAUUUAAAUAAUCAAAUUCAAGAUUCAUAUAGCGAUAUUGUUAAAUAUUUCUUACAACAUUUAAAUAGUUUAUUAGAUGAGAUUGAACCGUUUUUAGUAAAACUUCGAUUAAGUAAUGAAGAAUUUGAAAUUAUAAAAAAUUCUACUGAAAUAUUAAAAUCAGCUAAAGAAAAUGCGCCACUUCAAGAAUCAAUUUCGAAGUCUUUCGUAGAAAAAUCAGAUGAAUAUCAAGUUUCCGAAGGGAAGAAGCAUAGUUUGAGAGAUAUUUAUGAUAAAUUUAUUCAAAAGAUAAUUUGUCAUUUUAACAAAAUUAGUUUAAGAAUUAAAGAAAUUUUUGAUAAUAGUGGAGAUCAAGCUUUAGAACAUAUUAAGUCAUUAGUAAAUGAUAUGGAUUCUCUUCGUACUAUUCCUGAACUUGAAGCAAAAACUGCUGAAAUUUACUAUAAAACUAUUGAGAAUAUUCGUAUUCAUAUGCAAAAAAUACAAGCAGAAACAGAAAAAUUAAUUACUAACAUGGAUCAAAAUAUAAAUAUGACAAAUUUUAAAAGUCUUGCAAAAUCAUUAGUUCGUUUAAAAAAUUCUGAAUGGAUCAGUAAAGCUAGUCCAGGAACAUUCGAAAAUUUACUUGAACGUAUUACAGAAGAAUUAGUACAGAAUGCUACUCAAUUACGGGAUAGUUUGAGAAGAUUAGAUUUUACAUUAAAAUAUCCUGAGAAUAUAUCUCUUGCUAUAGAAAUUGUUAAAAAAAUUGAAUUAAUGCGUGAUUUAGAGGGAAGUAUUAAGGAAUUAAAAGGAUUUCGAGAAGAAAUUGUUAAACGUUUUACAGAAUGUGCUAAAGCUUCAUUUGAACGUAUUCAAAAAACAUUUAGUUUAGAAGAUAAAGAUGUUUAUAGAAUAAAACAAAAUUUAAGGAAUUUAGAAGAAAUUAAACGAGAAUAUGAGAGUUUACAACCAGCUCGUGUAUAUUUACAAAAGCAAGGUUAUGCAGAUAUUAAUAUGUUGAAUGAUGAAAUUAAAGAAUUAAUAAAAAAACAAAACGAAUUAGGUCAAAAACGAGAAAAUAUUGAAAAAAACAAAGAGUCAGAAUUGAAUAAAUUCAAUACGAUUAUUGGAGAAUAUAUGAAUAUGCGCGCUUCCCAGACGGGUAUGGUUGGAAGCAUAGUGAAUGCAGUCAAACCAAACUAUUCUGUUAGAAACGUACGAGCGAAUAAUUAUUUAAGUAACUGCGGAUAUUCAAAUAUUGAUGAAAUCUAUAACAAAAUUUCAGAUGUAGAAAGAUUCCAUCAGAGUAAUUUACAACAAUUAGAAGAUCAAAAUUCUGAAAUAAUUGUUUCUUUAACUAAUCUUCGAUCAAUAAAUGAAGAAUAUGAAUCAUUAUUGAAGAUUCGUCAUUCAUCAUCAGAUGAAAUAAAUUAUCUUCGAGAAAAAGGAUUUAAUGAUUAUGAAAUAUUUGAUGAUAAAAUAAAAAAAAUGACAAAAGUUAUUAAUGAACGUGGAAAUAGUAAACAAACACAUCAUUUUAAUGAUAAAUUAAAUGCUUCAAUAGCUAAUAAUGCAAUGAUAUAUACAAUACAAUGUGAAAGAGCUGAUUAUGAUAGUGUACGAGAAAAUGCUAUUGAUGUAAAUGAAAAUUUAAGAAAAUAUGUUCGUGAAUAUGGAAAUUUUUUAAAACAAGAAAUUAAUCGUACUUUUUUUGAAAUUCGUACAAUUUCAAAUGAGAAAAAUCCAUUAUUAUAUACACAAGAAUUAGAAAUGCAUUUACGUGAAUUAUCAUCAUUUAAUAAAUAUUCACAUGUUUUUCAAUGUAUAAAUGGUGAUGAAAUAAUUGAAUAUUGGCAACAAGAAUUUCUUAGUUUUCAUCAUAUUUUAAGUGCUAAAAUGGAAGAAUAUAAACUUGAAGGAAAACUUCGAGAAUUAAGAGAUCAAAUAAUAAUUGCUCAAGCAUUAAGUUGUGUUGAUCGUUUUUGUGUUGUUAUAUUUGCUGGCAAUGGAUUUGGAUCUUUAUAUCGACAAUAUCAUGGGGAAAUUAACAAAGAAAGUCGAGUGAUAUAUAGAACAGUUUUAGAAUAUAUCUCCAAGGAAGAUUUUGCCAAUGCGGCCAAUAAAUUAUCUGAAAUUGAUGAAGAUCCAUGGAAUGUACGAGAUAAAGCUCAAAUUGAAAAUGAUUUACAGAGUUCAUUGAAUAAGUUAAUGAGGGAUACAAAGAGUAUUGCACAUUGGCUUGAUGGAAAAAUAGAAAGAGAAGAUAAUCGUGAUCAAAUAAUAAAAAUAAAAGAAAAUAUGGAUAAAAUUCGUACUGCUUGUAAUAAAAAUAGUAUCAUACGCUUACUUGAUGAGAAAACUAGAGGAAAUUUACAAACGUUUGAUGAUGAAAUUAAUGAUAUUUUAGCAGGAAUUCUUUUUCGAGGCCUUAGCUCAAUUGAAGCUUUUAUGCAGGCUGAUAGUUUUUUUGAAGUUGAACAAGGUAUGGAAAGAUUAAGUCAGAUUCAACGUGAAUUAACAGGUUACUGUGUAUCAGAAGAUGUCGAGAAAAAAGGUAAAGAAUUAAGAGGAAGAAUUGAUAGUAUUGUAACUGAGAUUCUUAAUAGAAUUGAUUUUUCUGAUGUUAAUAAAUAUUCUGUAGAUCCACCAAAAGAUCUUUUAAUAAAAUUAAAAGUAGUUGCAGCACAUGGCAGUGCAAAAUUUACUCAAGCUUAUACAUCAAUUACAGGAAAAAUUCGUCAAAAUUUUAAUUUAGCAAUAGAAGACGUACGUAAGGCACCAUUAAAUGAACGUUCUGCUCGAAUGCAUUCAUUAAACUACGCAUUACAUUUUCUACCUGAUGACUUACAAAUACAAUUUAAACAACAAAUUGAUGAAUUAAGUAAAUUAAUUGCUAAUGAGGUUAAUGGUCACAAGGAAGAUUUAGAUAAAUUAUUAAUAAAUACCGAUCAUAGUGAUCAUUCUAUUGUUGAAAUAGGUCGUCGAGCAGCACAAUAUAAUAAACAAAAUAUGCGUGAUCUUCUUAGAGUAUUACAAGAACAAUGUUUAAAAAAAUUAUAUAUAUAUCAAGCAAACAUAGGGAAAUCAUUCGAUGAGCAUAAGAGUGAAAUCCCUAUUCAUUUAGUUAAGAAAAUCUUAAUGUAUGAAAAACACGUUGGAAUGUAUAUUCCAGGAAUAAAAGGAAUAUCUGAAAAUAUUCGUAAAUUAAUAAAAAAGAAUUUUCAAACUUGUAGUGUAACUCUUAGUAAUAUAUCUACGAUUGAACAAACAGAUAUUGUUGUAAAAGCUUUUCUUGAUUUAGAAACUUAUCUUCUUUUUUUUAAUACAUUAGAUAAAAAAGUUAAUGAGUUUUUUCCGAAUGAUAUUAUUCAAAAUAUGAAUAAUUCAAUUGAAAAAAUGUCAACGUAUCUUAAUGAAAAUUCACAGAAAUUUCGAACUGCAUUAGAAGAUAAAAAUGUGAUUGAUCUUCAGAAAACUAUGUUAAUAUCGAAUAACUGGAAAGUUUUAUUACAACACAUAAAGCAAUGUUCAGUAAAUCAUAGAUUAAUAGAAGAUUUGUCGAUAUUACUUAAAAAUGUUAUUUCAUAUGAAGAUAUGUAUUCGGAAUUUGAAAAUUUAAUUGAACAAUUGAAGGAAAAUAUAUAUGUAGAAUUCAUUACUGAUGAAACAAUAAGAUACGAAACGACACGUGAUGAAUUAUUUAAUAAUAUUAAAUAUUCAAUGAAUAUAUUAAGAUCUAUAAAUCAAAAAUUUAAAGAUAAUGAUUUAAUAAUAAUUGAUAUUGAUAGUUUAGAAAACGAAAUAAAGAAUAAAGUCGAUCAAAUUAAGAAUCAAUUAAUGAGUAAAGCAUCACAAUCUCACCUAACAACUGACGACACUGAUAGUUUUCGUACAUAUUAUAAUCAUUUGAUUAGUUUAAAUAAACAUCUAAAAUCAUCUUGUAUUGAUAUUCAACAAGUUUUAGAAGAUGCUAAAGAAAAUGUUUUGAAAAAAGUUAAUGUUUUAUGUCAAGAAUUGGAAAAUAACAUAAAAGAUAUCGAUAUAGUUGCUAACAAAUUAAGUCAAAUGAAAUUUUAUGCUGAAAAUCUUCCUAUGUUCGGAAAAUAUAUUAAUGAUAAAAUAGAUAAUUUUUUAAAAUGUUAUCAAGGAAAACGAGGAGCUACCGGUAUAUUUUGUUUAUCUUCUGAAUUAGAAAAAUCUGAGAUAGGUGCAAGAAUGAUUAAUGAACAUUCAGCUUUAAGUGCAAAAGAAGUAGUACAACGUCGAAAAAAUAUGCAAAAUCAAGACAAUAUUGAUUAUAUGUUAAAUAAACUAACAGGUACAGAUAUUGAUAAAGAAGUUUUACGUUCACGUUAUGAAACGUUUAACAGUACAUAUCAAAAGUUAAUUCAUAAGUUUUUAAAAACAAUUCAGCAAAAUGAUACUAAUGAACCAGAUCUUGAAGUAUUAGUAACGCAAACAAAAUCUUUAGUUAGUUCAGUUAAUAAGAAACCUGGUUCUUUUAUGUGGACUGAAAGUUUUAAAGAUGAUAUUCCUGUUUUAUUAGCACAUAUUUUUGCUAUUUGGACAUUAAAAAAUACUCAGCAUUAUAAUACAAUGCGUGGUAUUGAGGAUGCAAAUUCUUAUCUAUUAAGACCACAUGUUGGGCAAGUCAUUGCUAUUCUUCGUUUACUUGGCCUUGGAUAUGCAAAAAAAAGCAAAUUACCUAUUCUUAAUGUAACUUAUUCGAAAAAGAUUGCGGAAGAUUUAGAAAAUAAUUUAGUAGAAUUAGGUACAGGUGAAGGUAAAUCAGUUGUUAUGGCAGUUACUGCUUGUGUUUUCGCUCUGACUGAUGUUGAUGUUAAUUGUUCAUGUUAUAGUGAUGUUUUAAGUACACGAGAUGCAAAGGAUUUUGCUUCUGUUUUUGUAACACUUGGAAUAGAAAAGCGUAUUGAAUAUGGAACUUUCAAUAAAUUAUGUGAACAAUUAUUGAAUGAACAAUGUAAUAUUAGAGAUAAAGUACGUGAUAUGAUCGUCAACAAUAAAAGUACAAUAGAUGCAAUUGAUACAAAAUCACGUAUACGCGCAAAAGUAUUAUUAAUUGAUGAAGUUGAUGUUUUUCUUAGUGAUAAAUAUUACGGAGGAGUCUAUAUACCAUCUGUAUAUCUAAAAGAUCCAUCAAUAAAAGCAUUAUUAGAUGCUAUUUGGCAAAAUAAAACCGUUAUAUCAUUGAAUGCUGUUAAAUCUUUACCAGCAUAUAAAACUUGUAUAAAUAAAUAUACAAACUGGAUAUUUCUUUUUGAUGAAGCUAUAAAAGAUAUGUUAGCUGCUCUAAAAUCAUAUAAAUCGUCAACUUAUAUUGUUCAUAAUGAUAAAAUAGCUUAUGUCGAUGGUGAAUCUAUUGCAGAUAAUGUAGUUCUUGGUUAUGAUACUGUUUGGACUUAUUAUUAUGAAAAUGAAAAGGGUAAUAUUAGUAAGGAUAGUUUAGAUGAUAAUGUUGGUAUCUUAAUAAAUUGUGGAACAUUUUCAUAUGCUGAAAUGCCUCAUGAAUUUGUAUUUAUUGGUGGUGUAACUGGUACUUUAAAAACUUUAGCUGAAGUUGAAAAAAAAAUUUUAGAAAAUGUAUAUUCAAUAACUAGAAAAACUUAUAUACCAUCAGUAUAUGGAGAGAGUAAUCGUAAAUAUAACCCUUCGUUUGAUGUACAAGUUGUUAAUGAAAGUGAAUAUUUUAUGGAAAUUUUUGGAGAAAUUCGUACUAUAUGUGAUUUACAUCGUUCAAUUCUCGUAUUUUUUGAAUCGGAAGAAAAACUAACGGCAUUUUAUCGCUCUGAAAUAUUUGCUCCCAUGCGAAAAAAUGUUCACAUCAUAACAGAAAAAGUCUCCGUAUCAGAUAGAGAAUUAUUUGUUAAACGUGCUUCACAAGCAGAUAAAGUGACACUCUUAACUCGAAUGUUCGGGCGUGGAACUGAUUUUAUAUGUCGUAAUCAAAAAUUGCUCUUAGAUGGUGGUAUACAUGUAUUACAGACAUUUUUUUCCGAAGAAAAAUCUGAAGAAUACCAAAUUAUGGGUAGAGGAGCACGGCAAGGAGAGAAAGGUUCUUAUCGAAUGAUUUUAUUAGAUAGUGAUUUAGAAUGGAUACUUGGUUCUACUUGGAAAGAUGAUAUUGUGAAGAUACAUCAUGAAAAACUUCAUGAUAAUUUAGAUAAGAUACGUACUGCUCUUUAUGAGAGUAAAGCUGGUGCUAAAGGACUUGGUAUUAAACAAUGUGAAGCUGAUCAUAAAGCUUCAAAAGAAUUUAUGAGUGAUUUAGCAUCGGGAAAAAUUUCAGAAGCUAAAACUUUUUUAGCUAAACGAAAUCAAGGAGCGAAUCUAGUAAUAGCUCCUUCACGUAGUGUUUUACUUAUGGAUGCAACAGGAUCUAUGUCUAAUCUAUUAUCUGCUGCUAAAGAAACAGUCUGUACAAUGUUUGAACGUGCAUCAACUGUUCUAUCCAAAAAUGGGUUACCAGAUGAUGCCUUUCAAAUGCAAUUUGUCGUUUAUAGAGAUUAUGAUUGUAAAGCAGAUGGAAUUCUUCAGAGUUCUUCUUGGGAAACAAAACCAAGUAAAUUGAGAGAUUUCAUGGCAACAGUUACAGCUAAAGGGGGUGGGGAUUAUGAAGAAGCUAUUGAAAUAGGACUAUCUCAUGCAGUUGAGCAAAGUGAACAAUCGGAUGGGCUCUCUCAAGUAAUACUGGUUGCAGAUGCACCUACAAAAGAUGUAUCAGCAAUUAAUAGAGAUCGUGAAACGAAUGGAGGUGAAGCAUAUUGGAGUAAAACUAAAUAUAAAACACCUACUCAUUACUUAACAGAAUUACAAAAAUUGAAAGCUAAAAAUAUCCCUAUUCAUGCAUUUUAUCUUCAUGAUGGUGCUGAAAAAAAUUUUAGAGAGAUGUCUAGUGCAACAUCAGGACGUUGUGAAAAAUUAAAUAUUAAUUCUCCUCAAGGAGCUGAAAUGUUAACUAAUUUUGUAACUGAAGAAGUUCUUAGAAAAACAGCAGGAUCUCAAGGAAAUGAAAUGGUAGAAUACUAUCGGCAAAAGUAUGUAUCUCAUACUUAUACAUGA